GGCAUUUGACAGCCUUAACGCAGCAAAAUCAAGUUUUGAUCACGUUUGAUACGUUUUUGUUUUCAUAUUCGUUCGCACAGCGCACAGCUGACGAGCGAUAUUGUACGUGUCUUUAAAAAUGCACCAGAACAAAUUCGUCUUUAUAUUUCUAAUAUACGCGCUGUAUUUCGUGGUCAAUACGAACGGCGACAUCGAAAAACACAUAAAAACUAUACACGGCAAUCGAGAUCCGCCGGUCAAUAGAAUUUACGAGUUCAUAGCGGAGGAAUCUGACGAUAUAUCCACGAAUAAUGGGGCCGAAAGAUAUAAACGAGCAUCUCCUUCAGUACCUGAUUCUGUAGUGGACCCAUCUACUAAGAUUAAUCAUCUUAAUGAUACCCACAAACAGCUAAUGGUACAUUGGGUCGGAGAAAACAGCAAAGUGGUAAUUUGUUUGGCCCGUGAUCCGUCGUUCGGUCUUUUCGAGUACCAGCAAGUGAACCCAUCGGCUGUUUACAUCUCGUACGACGAUGGCGACACCUAUGUUAACCAAACCGACCAGUUCAAACUACCUGACAACACCACUUACGCAACGCUGGAGAAGUUCUACAAUCAUCCUCAAUUCAACUCAAUAUUUGUGUUUACUGACAUAAGACAUAAUAUGCUGUACGUUACCACAAAUCAUGGAAAGGAUUUCAACAGAAUAGCACUGAAUUUCACUCCAAGUGAAUUGUCGUUUCAUGAACUCAGCAAGACAACUUUCGUAAUUUUGGACAGGAACGAUACAGAGAACAAGCUCUGGAUAACCGAGGAUUCCGGCAAAACGUUUCGAAGGGUGCACGAGUACGUCAAGGCUUGUUAUUGGAUCAAGGAUGGCGACAGUCACAAUCUGUUGGUUCAGAGAAUGGAACCGGGACAGUCUACGACCAUUUUGUACUCGAACGAUCUGUUUCGGGGUCGCAGGAGUCGAAUUUAUGCCGCAAACGUUCAAGAUUUCUUUCUCAAGAACGACUAUAUCUUCACCACGAGAAAAAACACAAAGGGCGACUUGGAGCUAUACCUCUCUUACAAGCUAGGCAGACAGUUGCCUUGCGUCUUCGACACGUCUCUGAACAUGAGAAACUUCUUUGUAGCUGACGUAAACAACAACAGGGCCUUGGUAGCUGCAAGUCACGCGGAAAACAGCUCGAAUCUCUAUGUCUCUGACAAUCUCAAUGGCAAAAAUGGUAAAAUAUACUUCACUCUUUCCCUGGAUGAUAUUUUUGCGUUCUUCCCAAAUAGCACUUGGCAAGGGACAUGGCUUCAUCACAUAUCCGAGGACCCAUUUGUCGACAUCUACAAAGUCGAAGGUCUCGCAGGCAUCUACAUAGCCUCGAGAGUAGUCUCGCGCAUUGAUAACAACAACCUAGGCCCCCAACACCUCGGUUCUGUCAUAACUUUUGAUAGUGGCGCCACCUGGCGACCGAUACAACCCCCCGCAGUUGACGUAGAAGGCCAAAGCACUAGUUGCCUACCUUCAAGAGGCUGUUCAUUACAUUUAAGCCAGAAAUUCAGUCAGCUUUAUCCCGAAAGCAGAUCUGUCAGUAUCCUGUCAAGCGAGUCGGCUCCAGGUGUCAUUAUAGCUACCGGCGUGCUUGGAAACAACCUCAAAGGGCAUUACGGAGUGUAUAUUAGUGUUGAUGCGGGCUUAACAUGGAGACAGAUACUUAGAGAGUUGUAUUUCUUCAAUAUGGGCGAUCACGGAGGUGUAAUUUCCGCUGUGAGGUAUUUCAAAAGUAUUUUUUCGACCAGGCACAUCCUGUAUUCGAUCGACGAAGGUGAAACGUGGAACCACACGAUAUUUCACGACGAAGAGAUCAAAUUAUACGGACUUAUGACGCAGCCAGGCGAAAAUACGACAGUGUUUACCAUGUUCGGAUCGCUGCCUCAAGAACACAAAUGGAUCAUAGUGAAAGUCGAUUUUGCCAACGUUUUUAAGUCAGUGUGCAAAGCUGAUGACUAUAAAAUGUGGUCGCCAAGUCAGACUGAAGAGAAUCGUAGUUACAUCCCGUGUAUUCUUGGGGAACAGACGGUGUAUCAGAGAAAGGUACGUCAUACAAACUGUCUUAACGGUAAAGACUUUGUCAGGAUGGUGUCGAAGAAGCCUUGCGAUUGUGAUGUCCUCGAUUUCGAGUGCGAUUAUGGCUUUAGUAAAGUGGCCGAGAAGAUUCCAAGGUGUAUCGUCGAUAAGAAGCUGCAGUCUUACGAUCCCUACAAACCUCCUGCUGACUGCGUUCCCGGAGGAUUUUACACCAGAACCAAAGGUUACAGGAAGAUUUCGGGGGAUAAAUGCGUCGACGGCUUCGAACGACAUUAUUUGCCCGAUGUCGUGCCCUGUCCCUUCAAAGAAGCAGACGAUUUCCUUCUAUUCGCUCAAAGAGAGGUCAUUUCUAGGUAUAAUCUAGUAACAGGCGUGAUGGAACCUUUACCAAUCAAAAACCUGAAAAACGUGAUCGCCAUAGACUUCGACAUGGAGAACAACUGCGUUUACUGGGCCGACAUCAAUCUCGACACCAUCAACCGUCAGUGCUUCUCGAACGGCAGUAAACUCGAAACUCUAGUCUCCCACGACCUAGCGUCCAUCGAAGGCAUGGCCUACGACUGGAUAUCCAAGACUCUGUACUUCGUGGAUGGCACCAGAGCUAAAAUAGAGCUGAUAAGGACCGAUAUCAACCAUAGUGGUAGAAUGAGGAAGACUAUCUUGGACGGAAGUAUUCUUAAGAAGCCUAGAGGUAUCGCCCUUCACCCUCAAGCGGGUUAUAUGUUUUGGACUGAUUGGUCCGCCGAGAAUCCUUCGAUAAACAGAGCUAAUCUAGAUGGGACUAACAACAUGACGUUGUGUGGAAAAGAUAAAGUUGAAUGGCCCAAUGGAAUAACUGUGGAUUACAUGGCUAACAGGAUCUACUGGGUGGACGCGAGGAAAGACUACAUAGGCAGCUCGGAUCUACAUGGAGAUGGAUUCCAAAGAGUGGUGCACGACGCUGACGUAGUGUCCCACCCUUUCGCAGUGGCGGUGUUCAAGAGCGUGCUGUACUGGGACGACUGGAAAAAGAACGCCAUCUACAGUAGCGACAAGGACAUCUACAAAGGCGUAGACGUGGUAGUGAAAGACUUGGCGGGCUUGAUGGAUCUGAAAGUGUAUGGUCAUGGAAUUCAGUUUGGUAAGAACGCCUGCGCCAACGCCUCCUGCCCCUACAUCUGCGCCGGCCUGCCCAAGAACCGGCACGCCUGCCUCUGUCCCGACGGCAUGAUCGCCGACAAGGAAGGGUGCCUGUGCCCGGGCGGCGCGGCGGCCCUGGCCAACGGCACCUGUCCCUCCGUGGGCAGCUCGUGCAGCGCCGACCACUUCGCCUGUGGCAACGGGCUGUGCGUGCCCAAAGGCUGGCGCUGCGACGGUGAGGACGACUGCGGCGACUACUCGGACGAAGCGAGGUGCGGCUCGCAAACGUGCCCGCCUAGUUUCCACGUGUGCGGGGACGGCAAGUGUUUGCCGCACUAUUGGAGAUGCGACUAUGACGUGGACUGCAACGACGGGUCCGACGAGCUGAACUGCCCCCGGCAGAACUGCACCGAGUCCCAGUUCGCGUGCGAGAACGGCCGCUGCAUCUCGAAGAACUGGCGCUGCGACGGCGAAAACGAUUGCAGGGAUAAUUCGGACGAGCGCAACUGCGAUCCGGCCCAACCCACCACCUGCAAGGGCGAGGACGAGUUCCAGUGCAAGAGCGGCGCGGUCACCUGCAUUCCCAGCACGUGGAAAUGCGACAACGAAUCGGAUUGCCGCGAUGGUUCUGACGAAUUCAACUGUUCGAAUAACACGUGCACGGAGAACCAGUUCUCGUGCGGUCCGCCCAACAACCGGUGCAUCUUUAGCACGUGGGUCUGCGAUGGAGAUAAAGAUUGUCCAGAUGGCAAGGACGAAAUGAACUGUACCGAUAACUUGCCCAAACCCGAACCUCCCAAACCAUCAAACGACGGAUUUUAUUCCAAGAAUGGUACUUGUCAAGAAUGGAUGUUCCGUUGUCGCAAUCAGCGCUGUAUACCCUUCUGGUGGAAAUGUGACGACGUGGAUGACUGUGGAGACGGCAGCGAUGAGGAAGGAUGUACCAAACCCGUUCCUUUACCACCAGUACUCCAACCCUCUACAACAGCAAAACCAUACUUAUGCAAAAACAACCAAUUCCAAUGCUGGACGGGUCAGUGUAUAUUGAAUGCUUGGCUUUGCGAUGGUAGUUUUGACUGUCCAGGCGGAGAAGAUGAACAACACUGCGAAGGCACCAAGAACAACUGUUCCGAACCGGGUCAGUUCAGGUGUAGAGACGACGGCAGCUGUAUAGCGAUGUCCGAAGUAUGCGAUGGCAAACCUGACUGCCCCGACAAAUCCGAUGAGCUUUCCUGUUUGGAGCAGUACGUUCCCAACGAACCAGCUACUCCUAGCUGCAAUCUGGGGUACUUCCCCUGCGACGGGGGCAGUUGCUAUCCCUUGGCGCUCAUGUGCGACGGCAACAACGACUGUCGCGACCUCUACGAUGAAAAAGACUGCUCCAAGAGAACCAAAGUUUAUCAAGUUAAAAGAAUCGUGACCGGUAGAAGAAGGACGAACUCCACCGCUUUAGGAAUUUUCUGGAAUAUCAGAAAUACACCCGAUCCUAUCGAGUUCAUGCCCUCUAUCAACGAGCUGGGAACGAACGAGUGGAAAAACGCCAGUUGGACGCAAGAGGAGGACUACACGUUCUACAAUUUGAAACCGUACACCCUGUACAACGUCACCGUUUACGUCAGAAGUGUCAAUUCUAAAACCGUGUUCCCGCCCGCAGUGUACGAGGUUACCUCGACGCUAGAAGGUAUUCCUUCGGCGCCAUUAAACGUCACGGCUAAACAGCAGAACGGGUCGCACAUUCUGAUAUCCUGGAACGCUCCGGUAUAUCCGAACGGCGUGAUUAGAAUGUACAAGAUCAUGUGGAAUUACGGGUCGGAACAGGCUCAUUUGGAACUGUACGGCAACGAGACUUCGCAUAUGCUGACGGCAGAUUUCGAACACAACAGAUCCUACACUUUUGUGGUUGUAGCAUUUAAUACUCUGCACCAAAGUGAACCAUCGUCUCCAGCAACCAUUACUUUCGAUGGAAAAACUAGCGUGGAUCCUAUUAAAGACUUGAUUGUUGCCAACGUGACCAACACAACUGUCACCCUGUCAUGGUCGUAUAAUGGAGAAAGCGACGGGUUUUCCAUUAACGUCACAGCGGACAAACAAUAUUCCAAACUGCCUCCUUACACGACGAAAAAUAAGAAUUAUACCGCUAUCCUUGCACCUGGCGCUCGCUAUGUCUUUGAGGUAUACGCCUUCCGCAAUGGUUUGCACGGACCCCAUUCUCAAAUCGAGACGGUCACUCGGGGAAGUCCCCUGCCCAUCAUCCAAAUAACCGAUUCAAGAACCGUCAAAGACGUUGGGACCACUGUGAAACUGUCAUGGCAACGGCCCGAAAAGUAUGGAAAGGUCGCCUGGACCUACGGAGUCUAUUACGGAAUUAACCAAGAAAAUCUCUUCAAAGCUGUCCGUUAUAGGACUCCGAACCUGACGGCGACCAUUCCAAAUUUGGACGCUUGCGAGACCUACAUGUUCUCAGUGGGCGUGGUCGCUCCCUAUGGCUACGGCCCGCUGUCAGGCAACCUAGAAUUCGUAACGACCUCCUUCAAUCCUAAAGCGCCCCCUAAGGAUCUGCAAGUGACACCCGAAGAACAGGACCCGUUGAGGAUGUUCAUCAGUUGGAAACCUAGCUGUAGCAUGGCCAAUAACAGUUCAUACACGUUAUCCGUCACCGAAUCAACCACCAAACGCGUGUGGAAUAUCAAGGUAGACAAACGGCUCAACCACAGCCUCGUUGUGGAAAAUGGUGGCGUGUACAACAUCCGCGUCUCUACCGCCGUCACCGGCGCCCUCUAUUCUAAGGUUGUCACUUAUUCCGCCCCGCCCAUCCCUCCGCCCGUCGCCUUCAGCGUCACUCCCCACGCCAACGGCAGCUACGUCCUCCACUGGGACGAGCGCAACGUCCAAAUCUACGGCCAGUACAAAUUCGAGGUUAUAGUCAACGCCGGCUCUGAUCUAAACGAGAAAAUAGCCAAUACGUUCGUAAUAGAUCACCCUCCUUUCGUCUACACGAAUAACUCGGCUAAAGAAUUCACUUUUGCCGUUAGAAUCAAGACCGACAAAGGUUAUAACUCGCUCGUGUCCGAGUCUAUUAAUAAACUGACUCAGAGAGUGGAGGAACCCGAAUCCGGAGGUAACGUAACGGCUAUAGUAGUGCCUAGUUUGUUGGUAAUACUGGCUUUGGUCGGUGUGAUCACGUUCCUGGUAGUGAGGAACAGGCGAUUGCAGAAUAGUUUCGUUAGGUUCGCGAAUUCGCACUACAGUUCGCGAUCGGGAGCGGCUACAUUCGAAGACACGGGCUUGGAGGAAGAGGACACGCCCACCAUCGGCCGGUUCUCGGACGACGAACCGCUGGUGGUUGCAUAACGGCUGACGAUAGUGAGAGAAGAGACAGACUUUUCGAAGGAUUCGGUAAUGUAGGAUCUAUAUAUCGUCCGUGAGUAAUUAUAUGUGUAAGCAGAUCGACUAUUCUAUUACCUAUUUCUAUAUAAUAUUAUAAAUGAUUGUUGAAACGUUUCCAAGUUUAUACAUUGCAUACAUACCCUAUUGACGUGUUUGUAAUCUUUAAUAUUAUUAUUAUUGUUAGAGUAGUGUGUACUAAGUGGUUAUAUGUAAACAUAUAUGUGAAACAAAGCCAUAUAUCCGGAUUUUUAAAAAGGAUUCUUUUAUGUUUAGUAUUUUCUUCUGUAUCAUUUUAGUAAUUCUAGUUUUUGACUUCUUUGGCUAUGUUCUUACAUUUUUUACGACAGUUUUAUUUCUUGUUUUCUACAAUAAAAUUAAUAAACAUUGCUCAAGAAAAAACAGUAAACAAACCAAAGUUAGUGUCAGCAUCGAUUUUAGCGGCUCUAGAGUGAUUCCGUAGCGUAAAAGUUGCUAAAACUAAACAACAGCUAUAGAACCGCUAAACUUUAGCACAGUUCUAAAGACAAAACAUAGACUCAUCUAAAACCGGUGAAUUUUAACUACAGAACUAAUACAGCUAAAUUUUAGUGACUUUUUACUUUUUAGUACAAAAAAACGGUAAAAAAUAGCGGUUCUAAGACCAAAAAAUUUGCUAAAAAUUGGUAGUUCUACUGAACUAAAAUUAUUAAAUUUUAAAGAUUCACCCGUAGAACACUAUAAUUUAGCAGAUGUAUAAACCAAAAAAUCAUUAAAUAUAGGCGGUUCUAUUUCACUAAUAUCUCUAAAACUUUAGCGAUUCUAAAAAAAAUUAGCAGCUCUACUAAAUUUUAGCAGUUCUAAUAAACAGUAACCUACUAAAAUCGCUAAAGAUUAGGCUGUCUUAAAAAUUGUUGAAACUUUUAACCAUUGUAAUAGUAUAAAAACAAGUUUUAGACCACUCUAGAAUUGCUAAAACUGGUGAUAACUUAAGUUUGCUAAAAAUGUUAGUCUUAAAAACCAAAUUCCUCUGUACGAACCCGAGUCUAAUACAUUAUAAUUUUCCUUGGUUGGCACUAGUGCCUAUCCAAUUCGACGCAAUAGUGUACAGGUAUCUUUUAGGGGUAUUAUAUAAUUUUAGGUCAAAUUUCUGUGAUAUCUUCUCAUUUAAGUUUUUUUAGGGUUUCAGCAUAAACGGAAUUUGACUGUGAACUAAGUUUUAUUUUUAUGUAUUAAUCGUACCUUGACUACUAUGUGUGUAAGAAAAUAAAAUAUUACCUUAUAAUUGAAA